AUGACGGUUUCAACAUCGGUUAUUGAUCACUUUGAUGAUUGGGUAAGUUUAUUUCUCACUACUAUAUAAUGAUGAUUUGUCACACUGUGGGGACAUCUUGAUAAAGACCGCGAGACGGUCGAAACGUCGAUUGGUAUGUUCAUUUAAAAUACAAGUACUUAUAUAUCAAAUCCAGUGAGUGCUCUCGUUUUUUGCAUUUUAUAUACUCGUUUGGAGAAGCACCUUGGUGUUUAUAAUUGUUUAACACUUUGUGGGCAGAGUGCCAGAUUUUGGAUGUUUAUAUAUUUGGUGUGAGCACACACCUUCUGUUGCACCUCCAGCUUUCUUUAAGAAAUUCUGAAAAGGAUUGGAUUGAGUAAACUUCUUUUAUCAAGGUUUUCAUGGAGGAUUUUCUUUUGAGGGCUGGAGCCCUAGCAGAUACUGCUGAAAUUGUACAAAUCUCAGCACAUGAUGCUGAAAAUAUUCUAUGGCCAAAUACCACUGCUGAUUUAACACAUACAGAUACCAUUAAAGAUUUAUAUAAUGAUUUAAUGAAGUUAAAGAGACGUGAAGUAGAUCUGGAUCUUCACGGUAUUUUUAUUUCCGAUUAUUAUCGAGCAAAGAGAAUUCCUAGAGGCUUUAGGGUGAAAAAUGCACCCACAAUUGGGAGGCAGAACCCAGAAUUUUGUAAAAAAUGGAUGGGGAUUGCUAACAAGUGCUCAUUAGACUGGAUGAUUAUUGUGGUGGAAGAGGUUAAAAAUGAAUUGGUGUUCACUAAGGAAUCAAUUAACAAGUUUGAGUUGCUACAUGUAACCACGCUUAAUGCAACAACCUCCACCCAACACCUUAUGAAACUACAGGAUGAAAUCAUGAGAUAUCGGAACGAUCUCAUUAGAUUUAAGAAACAGAAGGUUGAGAAAGUAAAUUUUGAUUAUACACACCAUCAGGUGUAUCACUGGAUUAGUGGAGAAAGACGAAGACCAACUUUUAACAGAAAUAAACAACGUAUUCGCAAACCUCAAUUCAUUUCCAUUGAAACAAGUUCAGCAGAUUCAACCUCAGAAACAGACACCAGAUUGGAACCAAACCAAGGUGCCAACAUGAGAUCCACGCAGUCAACCAGAUCUACUACUUUUUUAGAGCUGGAACAACACACCAACGAUCCCCCAGGCAGAAUGAUCCGCCCAAGGAGAGGUUCAAAAGAUGGAGACCAAUUAGAAGAGGACAAAGGAAUAAAAUUUAUAAACACCAGGUCCAAACCUCCGUACAAGAGGAAUUAA